GCUCCUGGCCUCAUCACGCGUAGGCAAAAACAAUGUAUUUUUACCGAUAUUUUUUUUCCCGCACGUUUUCUCAUCAGGUUGUUACUAACAUCAUUGUCAUUGGCAUCUCGCGGUUUUGUACUUUGUAUCCGUAAUCGACGUAUUGCGAUUUGACAAUCGUCUUUAGCUCAUGCGACAUGGCGUCAACUGUGCGUUCAAAAAUCUCGAUCAUUAUUGACCCAUCGUCGUAAUACGCGUCGUGCAAUUCUAUGGUUAUAGCUUUUAAUAAUAAUGCGUUCUUAAUAGUUUUCGGUCCGUCGAAUCUCCUCGUUUCUUGUAGUAGACUGUCUCGUGAUUAGAUUAAUAUUCGUAUUGUUUAACAGUUUAGACUUGCCGUCAUGUCUGCUUUGAAACCGGUGUUGCAAGUUAUCGAAUCACACCCUAUAUCAAAUCAGUUGUUUCAACCCGACUCCGACAAGUUUGGUGGCUUAAUAACCAACAGUCAAUAUGCCUGGUUUACUAAUGGAGCUGAUAUUACUCUUUAUUCAAAACAAUUCGGAUCCAUUGUUUCAUCUAAGUCAUUCGCUAUUAAUCAAAAGGACAAAUCUUUAAAGAUAACAUUUGUUAAAGAAUUAAGUAACUGUGAAGAAACAUAUAAUUUUAUUUUGGUUGGAUGUUCUUUUAAAUCUUCUGGAAUAUUAUUUAUAUGUCAGUUACCAACUUUGACUACAAUUCGCUGUAUUGAAUUACCAAAUGCGAUAUCAUACAUCUCCACAAUUAAUAAUAAACCACUUGCUGAAAAUCUACUUUGUGAUGAAUUUAGUGUUAUGUCUACUGUAUUAUUAGUGGGUUUGGCUACAGGUGCUGCUUAUGCAAUUGAUUUAAGACAAAAUCACAUUGAACAACAACUGAGGAGAAAUGAAAUUGUAGUAAAUGAGUCAAGGCCUAGUAAAAUAUUUAUUGUAAGAAAAAAUGAAGAUUGUCAAGAAGUUAAAGAAAUGAGUGAUGACAGUGAUAGUCAUUUAGCAAUGUUUAUAAAUGAAAAUUUUUAUGCGUAUUGUAAAAAACAGUACAAUGGCAAACUAAACUUAAACGUAUCUAGUUUGUUAUAUAUCGAAGAAAUCAAUACUAUUGCUAUCGGAUAUUCUACUGGUCAUUAUCAACUAUGGGAUUGUAAAAUAAUGCGCACCAUAUGCUUAUUAAAAGAGCCAAAAUGUGUUAUGCCAGUAACUCAUAUUAGUUUUAUGGAACCAUCCGAUGACCCAAAUAAUUUGUGUUAUCUUUGGGUUAUUCAAUCAGAUAAUUCUAAACUUCCAAAUGCAACAAUGAUUGCACUAACUUAUGAAGAGCGAAUUGUUAUGCCUAAUGGUCAUUUAUUAUAUAAAACAUAUAAAGGAAGUGGUGUAAAAUUGGAAAUGUCAUUAAAGAAAGAGACUGGAAUUGGACGUUGUAUAUCUGCAUUAUCCUUGUGUAAUAUGAAUCUAUUUAGAAAUGAAACUGACAUAGAUGAAGAUUGUGAAAUAAGAUUAUUUGCUAUGUUAAUCGAAAUACGUAAAAAUGUUGAUGCUGAUCAAGAAUCAUAUAUAUUUUUGUUUGAUAUUAAUCAGUGGUAUAAAGCUCAAAUGCCUUCAUAUAUAAAUCAUCUUCAAGUAUCCAACUCAUAUGCUAGUUUUGUAAAAUUGCCUCAUAAUGUUAGCUGUUUAGAUUUUAAAAUUUCUGACAGAACAUUGCGUCCAUUUGGUUACAAUUUUAGAAGUAAUGUCGAGGAACUUUAUUAUCCAUCUUCGAUUUAUUUUGAGUGCGAUUGUUUAAUGAAUUCAGAAAUUAUACAAUUUAAGCAUGCUGGUGUUCAACAAGAAAUUUUAGAUCAGUUACUUUUAAAAAAUUGGAAAUUAUUAACAAAUCCAAGUUUAGUAUUCAGUCAGUGUUUACAAACAAAUUUAAGACCAUUCUUUUGGGAUAAUCCAGAAGAUUAUGUUAAUUACAGUUUGCUUGAUAAAAGAAGUUUUAUAAUAUCAAUUUUAGUAGAAAACAAAAUUUUAUCAGUUCUUAGUGCUUGUGCUGAAGAAUGGAAAAAUGGAACAUAUGUAUCUACUGGGGCUACCAUUUUACAUUUAGUUCAAUGUCUUUGGAAGCAUGUCAUGGUUGUCAAACAAUUUGCUGACAAAUUAUGUGUUCCUUUAUUUGACUAUUCUGGUACUCAAUUGGAUAAAAAGAAUAAAAGAAUAUUAAAUCAUUGUUUAUCUCAGAUGGAAUGUGUUAAAAAUUUUCUCAAAGAUUUACAUACUAUCUAUGGAGUUCAUAUAAUUAAUGUUGAUUAUUCUUUUCGAGUUUAUACACUAAACUUAGUCACUCAAUAUUUUAAAGCAGUAACAUGUUUUCUCAACUAUGGUCUUUUACCAGAAUCUACUGAAGAAGAUCCUACUCAAGGUAUUCUACAUUGUGAUUUUACUUCUUUAAUUCAGUAUGCUAAUAAACGGCGAAUGGAAUUUGGAGAUUCACAGUUAUAUUUAAUUGAUGCUAUUGUUUAUAAUGAACCAAAAGGAAAUAAAUUAAUCGAGCAAUGGCAACAUGAAGGCAGUGAAGCUACUAAGGGCAUGUAUCCACCCUCUACAGUUCAAUGCCUGUUGAGAAUUUAUUUGAAUUCAGCACUAUCUGAUCAAGUGAAAGAUUUCAUUAUAAUUUACUUUUUGAUUGACGUUUGUUCUUCACAAGAACUAAAUGUAAUGCUUGCAAAUCGUAUGUGUAAUUUUGCUAUUGAAUUUGAUGUUGAAAAUAAAGGAUUGAAUACACUAUGUCGUGCUAGCUGGUUAUUUGAUCAUGACAUGUUUGAAGAUGCUAUAGAAAUAUUGUCAAAUAAUAAAGAAUGGAUGAUAGACAAUGAUAAAUCAUGGGAUUGGUUCCAUUGGACUGUUUUAAAAUUACUUGUAUUUAAAACUGAAUAUUUUUGGGCAAGAUUUUACAUGAAACUUGUUAACAUUAAACCUGAAAAUAUUAACGAUCACAAAUUUUAUAUCAAUUUACAAGUUUUGAAUAAUCAAUAUUUUGAUGGCUUAAACUAUAUACGUUCUAGACCAAUUAAGGAAAAACAAAUUUUAUUUGAAUAUUUUUUUGAUAGAUGCAGAGAAACAAGUAAAUUAAAAUGUUUGAUAGAAUAUCUUUGGGAGUUGGAAGAAGAAGAAUUGUUUUAUUCAUACUUAAAAAAAUUUAAUGACCCGGAGUCAUUAUCUAUUCAAUUAUUAUUUUUACUACAACGAGGAAGGUAUAUAGAAGCUAUUGAACUGAAUAAAUCAUUAGAAUGCAUAAAUAAAUCAAAAUGUAAUGAUGGUCUGGCAAUAACUAGUCUUUUGGUUAGUGGAUUCGAUAAAAGUAUACCUAUGACCAUGAAACAAAAUUAUAAUCGUCCUCCUGUUAAAAGUUUAUACAAAAAAACAGAUAUUGUGACGAAAUGUAUGAAUAAUGACAUUAAAUUGUUUAAUGUAACGGAAAGAAAAACAGAUAAUGUGGUUAAUUUAAUAAAUUCCCCAAAAUCGUCAUCUAAUUCAAUAAAUCUGAUUAUACCACCAAACAAUAGUACACGAAAGCGUUCUCCUUCAUAUGAUAUACUAUAUAAUGAGAAACGAAGGAAAAUAACUGAUGACUAUAUAUUAAGUCCUCCAAAAGUUGUUGAUGAUGUUAUUGAAAGGCCAAUUGAAAAACAUGUGCUGGAAAUUCUAAAAACUCCACUAGUAGAAAAGACAUUUACGUCACCUUCUGUAAUGAAUUAUUCAUCAAUUUUAAAGACGGGAUCUGCAAAAAAUUUAAGAAUAUUAUCCUUAAAAGGCGCUGAGAAACCAGCUUCUAAAACUAUAUUAAGAUUUAGUUUACCUGAUGAUAAUAAUACUUCAAUUGAACAGGUUGAGUCUGAAAAAAUGAUGGACAUUUCGAAGCCUGAUAUUGAUAAAAAUGAUGAUAUUUUCAUUGUUGAAAGUAGUGAUUCCAAUAAUUCUUCUCAUCAAAUAAUUAAAGAAUCAAUAGACUUACCCAAUGAUAAUUCUAAAAAGGAAUCAUUAGAUUUUGAAACUGUAGUUGAUGAAAGAGAUGAUGAAUGUGAACAAAUGGAUAUUUCUGAAGUCUAUUCAUUAAUUGAUUUAGAAACGCAAGACACUUCUUUGAAAAAAAGAGAUUUAAUACCCUCAGAUACUGAAGUAAAUACUAUUUUUUUGCUGUCAUCAUCAGAUGAAGAUGAAGUCAAAGUAACAUCAGAUCCUCAAUCAGUGACUGAAAAUACAAAUUCCAUUACAUAUAAAUAUAACGAAUACGAUGAUCAAAUUGAAUACAAGAAAAUAACAAGCUCAGCCCCUUCUGCAUUUGAUAUUAAAAACUAUAGUUUAGCAACUAAUACUGAACCUGUAAUGAAUGUAGUUCAAAAAUCCAUAUCGCACAGUAAUGAUGUUAAUUCAAAUUUUAGAUGUUCUUAUCUAGUAGGAGAUCAACAUCUUGUCGAAGAAGAUGAUGAUGACGUUAUUAUUUUGGAUUCAGAAAAUGAAGAUGAAAUAGAAAAAGAAUUUUCUCCGGCAUGUUCGUCUGGUUCUACUGAAACAAUAAAAACAUUAGAUUGUUCUUCCGAGUCUAAUUCAUCAUGUGAUAGCGAUUUAGAAAAUACAAGAUAUGGUAGAUUUAAAUCGCAUAAAGAAGAAAAAAUCCAAGAUAACAAUGAUGAUCAACUAGAAGAGGAAGGUGAAGAAGAAGAAGGCGAAGAAGAAGAAUUCGAAGAAGAAGAAGGCGAAGAAGGAUUUGAAGAAAUAGAAAAUGACGUGGAUUCAUGUGGCAUCUCAUUUUCAGGAGAAGAAAAUAACCAAAAAGAAGAAAUGAAUUCGGAGCAAUAUGAUGUCAUAUCUUCCAUGGGUGUAAAUUAUGGUUAUUUACAAUCGUGCCAUGAAGGUAAUAAUAUAGAUACUGAUGAGAAUCAUUAUAAUGAAUAUGAUGUAGAUGAACCUAGAUUGCAAUAUAGCAAAGAAAGUAGUGGUACAAAUUUAGAACAUCAUCUGGAAAAUUAUGAUGAUCAUAUAAUGUAUAUCCAUCCCAAUGAAUGCGAAGAAAAUAAUUUUGAAAAUCAUAAUAUUGAAUUUGAUAAUAAAUUUGAAGAAAAUGAUAAUGCAGAAUUCGAUGAAGAAGUUGAAGAAAUUAGUUCAGAAAAUGAGAAAGUUGAAGAUAUAAAUUCAGAAAAUGAUAAUGUAGAAAUUGAUGAUGAAGUUGAAGAAAUCUGUUCAGAAGAUGAUAUUGUAGAAUUCAAUGAAAAAGUCGAAAAAAAAUGUAGUGUAGAAUUUAAUCAAGAAGUUGAAGAAAUCGGUUCAGAAAAUGAUAAUGUAGAUAUUGAUGAAGAAGUUGAAGAUAUGAAUUCAGAAAAUGAGAAAUUUGAAGAAAUCGGUUCGGAAAAUGAGGAAGUUGAAGAAAUCUGUUCAGAAAAUGAUAUUGUAGAAUCCAAUGAAGAAGUUGAGGAAAUCGGUUCAGAAAAUGAUAAUAUAGAAAUUGAUGAAGAAGUUGAAGAUCUAAAUUCAGAAAAUGAGAAAGUUGAAGAAAUCGAUUCGAAAUAUGAGGAAGUAGAAAUCUGUUCAGAAGAUGAUAUUAUAGAAUUCAAUGAAGAAGUUGAUAAAAAAUGUAGUGUAGAGUUUAAUCAAGAAGUUGAAGAAAUCGGUUCAGAAAAUAAUAAUCUAGAAAUUGAUGAAGAAGUUGAAGAAAUCGAUUCGGAAAAUGAGGAAGUUGAAGAAAUCUGUUCAGAAAAUGAUAUUGUAGAAUUCAAUGAAGAAGUUGAUAGAAAAUAUAGUGUAGAAUUUAAUCAAGAAGAUGUAGAAAUUGGUUCGGAAAAUGUUAAUGUAAAAUUUGAUGAACAAUAUGAAGAUAACAGUUUAGAAAAACAUAAUUUAAAAGAUAUAGGAAACACUUUGAUACAAUUUAACGAUAAGUUUAAUGUUGCACUUGAGAAGGAUGUGUUUGAUGUACAUAAAAAAGAAGAAAGUGAAAAUGAUAUUAUAAUAACUUCUUCUGAUGGCUUGAAUUCAAAUAUGCUAAAAAAUACAUCUUCGGCAUUUGAUCCGACUAAAGAAAUACCCAGUAAUGAUAUUGAAAUAGAUGAUAUUACAAAAGAAAAUUAUAGUAAUAUCCUGGUUGAAAAUGAAAUUGUAGGAAAUUCAAGUAUAAAAGGUCAAGAAAAUAUAAAUGAAACAGUUGAACAUAUUAAUGACAUCACUAAUUGUGAUGUCUCUAUUAAAGUGAAAAAUAAUAAUGAUGAAAUAUUAACAGAAGUUCAGAAUGAUAUGAAUACAGCUGUUGAAGAGUGUCCAUCUGCUAUCAAUGAUAAUAACAUUGAAGAAUCAAUAACCAAGUCGAGUCUAAUCCCUGAAAAUUGUCCAAAUCAUACCACAAUGACUGAAACUCAAUUGAGUCAAUUAGGAUCUUUUGAAGUUGAUGUUAAUCAGUCAACUCCAUUUUUAUUUGGUGAUUCAUUUUCUGGUCAGCAAGAUUUUACUGACCACAAGCCAAUGUUUCUUUUUGGUCAAGUGUAUUCAUUUAAUAAAGAACAAUUUAUUGUAACUCCACAUACUGAUACACCCACAACACAAGAUCUUAAUACAAACAACGACGAAAUUAUGGUUACAAAUAUCGAACCUAAAAACGUAGAGGUAGUUGAUGACAUUCAAGACAUUUUAGAAUUAGAAUCAUUACCUGAAAGCAAUCCUGAUGAAAAUUUGGUUGUACAUAAACGCUCAAGAUUAAAUAGCUUACAACCAGACUCUAAUGAAAAUAAUGAAACAAUUAAUAUUAUUGAUCAAUUUUCUGUUCCAUCUGAUAACAAUUCUCUACUACAAAAUGAUAUAAUUCAAGAUUCUGAAACAAAAAAACCAAUUUCUACAAUAAAUACUAAUCUACUUAUGAAAUCUGAUCAGUUAGAAUCAACAAUUAAUCAUGAAAGUCAGAUCCUUCCAAUAAUGACUGAAAAAAGAAAAUGUGAAACAGAUCAUCUAGCUGAUUACUCAGUGGAAAAUAAUAAAAAAGAAGAAAAAUUCACUGAGAAAUCAUUAAUAGUUUCUCAUAAUACAGAAGAUAUGAAAACUACUCCAAAGCCUCGAAGAAGUGUUAGAGCUAUCAGUGAACAAAAAGAAUCAAACAUGACUAUUAUGACCAGAUCUAAACGUGCAAAAUCUCUUAUCCCUCAUUCAACUACUGAAAAUCUACAAAUUUAUAAUUCCAAUAAUCCGUUAUUAGAAUUAAAUAACACUUUUAAUUUGCCAAAAAGUGAGCAAUCUUGUGAUAAAAUCCCCAUAGAAUCAAUUAAUCCAUAUGUUGUUUUGAUUCCAUUAUCAGAUACAAUUAUUACCACUAAUAAAAUGGUUAAGAAUAAAGAAAUAGAACCUUUGCCAGAUAAAACUGAUAAAAUGGAAGAUAUUGGUGAUCUAAAUUCAAGUCGACGUACGUCCUUACGAAGUAGUGUAAUUAGAACAAAAAGAUAUAGUACAGUUUCUUGUGAUGAUUCUGAGUAUAAAACCAAACAACCACAAUCUUCUGAAGUUGAAGAAAAUCAGCUUAGUGUAUCAAUGUCAAACGUCAAUGAAAAAAUAAAUAAUGAAACUAAUAGUUCUAGAAAGAGAAGACGCUCUACCAAAUCGAGUCAAUUACCUGAAACUGAAAUAAUUAAAAGAAGAACUAGAGCUAAAAGUGAAACUAACCUAAAUCAAUCAAUAGCUGGUUCUUUAAAUCUUUUUCGUGCUUCUGAAAUGUUAGAAGAUGAUACUAGACAUGUGACAGUUUCAUUAUCUAGGAAAAAAUCAAAAAGUCAAGGCAACAUUGUUUCAACAAAACAAGAAAGUGGAUGUUCAAAGUCUUCAAUUCCUGUGAAACCUGCAUUUGCUUUAGAGUUGAUUCCUGAAGAAGACUUUUUAAAUCAUAAUAAAAAUGUAGAAAGUGAACAUGUAUCAACUAGGAAAUCAAAAUUCAAUUUCUUAGCAAAUAAAUCAAAUCGAAUUGAACCUAAUGAUACAAAUGUUCAACUUAAAACGAAAGCUAAAACUCCAAAAAGAAGAGCUAAAUCAGUUGAAUCCGGUCCAGCGAUAACAUUAUCUGCUGUUAAACCAAAAAGGCCAAAACGAAGUGCAAGUGUCAAUUUAUUAUUAUCAGAUGAAGAAAACGAGGAAAAUGAUCGUAUGGAAACUUAUAAAAAAGCAAUUCAAGUUAAACAAAAACGUUCAACUUCUAAAUUUGUUAAUAGUAGGAAAAAACCAAAAAUUUCUCAUCAAAAUGAGUCCAUUUAUAUUUCUGAAUCCGAAACUGAUUCUAAUGAAUCUAAUCAAAAUUUAAAUGAGCUAUUCACUCCUGCAAAUAAAAAUACCAAAAUACCUAUGGGUGUUUUAAAUUCUGAAAAUGAUGAUAGCUCUGAUGAUAAUUCUGCUAUAGUUUUUAAACAAAUGUUAACAUCAAAGACUUUUCAGUCUUCUUGUUCUGUAGAGCCAAUCGUUUAUAGAAAUAAAAAAAAUGAACACAAAUCAUCUGUUGAGACAGUUGUUUCUAAUUCUCCUAUAGCUGUUAAAGAAAAAAAGAAACCAAAAGCUGAUAUCAGUAAACAACGUAAAACUUCUAGCAGUAACACAACUGAAAUUCAAAAUUCUCCAAAGAAAACAGUUAAGAGCAAUACAGAGAAGACUUAUGUAGAUGAACUGCCAAAACGAAGAAGAAGGAAUAUUAAGGAAACAAUACAAGCGCCUAUUGACCCAUUAAAUGAUCCAUUGUCUGAAAGACGUAUGACACGAUCUCAACAUUUAUUGUUAGAUAAAUCUCUACAAUCUACAUCAUUGAUAGUACAUGAUGAAACUGCUAAUAACUUGUCCGCUCAUAAACCAGAAAAUAAAAAAACCCCCAAAAAAAUCAAGCAAAAAAAGUCUAAUAAUUAAGUAAAAACUAAUAUAUAAUUUUCAAUGUUUUUAAACAGGUUAAUAUUUUUAUUUUAUACUACAAGUAUUGCAGUACUGCUACCAGAAUUUUUUGUUUUUACUAUUUCAUUAUUUUUUUCAAAGGACUAUACUAUGUGUAUAAUAUUAUAAUUGUAUUCAUGGAUAUUUCUGUUGAUGUACUAUACAAUAAGUUUUCACACAAUUUCUUGUUAUUCUUAAGUUACAGGAUGUUAACAGUGUUGCAGUACUAUACAUAGUUUUAUAAUUAUCAAAAGUUAACUGGAAAUGUAUGUAUUUUAUUUAAUUAAUAAAAUUACACU